CUAUUAUCUCGACCCUUACAGCUCAUUUCACUCUUUAGGAAGGCCUGGUAGGUUGUCCUUUAGGUGGAGGAAGAGACACAUAAGGUAUGGGGGGCUGCACAUAGAGAAAAUGGCAAAAGGGAACCUAUUUCGUACUAUGUUCGCACAACUCGCGAGGGGUUUUUGUCUCUCCCACUAUUUGAGCUACACUCAUCCAUUUUGAGUGGUUGAGGUGUCCAUGGAUAGCUCUUGAAGAGUACUUUCACCAUAGCUUCGUUUCUGGAGAAGAAAGAGUCGUUAUACAGACCGAGAGAGUGGCAAAGUAAACUGUUGUCCGCUAAGCCGCACAGUGGGAGCGUUGGUUUUGUUCACCUCAUAUCUUGAGAACCACUUAUUCAAAUCGGGUGUUUGAGGUGUCUUUGGAAAGGUAUUGAAUAGAGCUUUCAUAAAAGGUGCUAUUCUUGAGAAUUGGAGGAGUUUACAGCCCAAAAAGGACGGAUAUACAUCGAGCUUGGUAAGAGAAUAUACGAGGAAGGUUUCCAAAUCAACGAAGACAGACCCAAACGUGCAAAACAGUUUUUUUCUCCUUAAGGGGGCUGUUUUCAUAACUUUUGAUAGGAAACGAACCUACACUUGGAAGAGGCUGUAUAGAAUCCUAUUUCAAGCAAGGAACCAAUAUUCAAUCACCUUUGGCCAGUGGCUUGGUGGCUGGAUUGAUAGAGGGCAGUUUGGAGCUUAAUCGAGGUUGAAGCUCGAGCUCGUUACCUGUGCCCGUUGCUCGGGUGAUCCUUUGGAGAGAAGACGUGCGAUGGAGGUUGAUGGUGGUAUUAUGAAUAGGGAGAACUCGGAAGGGUUUGCACCGGGUGGAACCGGGCAUGCCAACCGAGAAAAGCCCUUAGGACCAAAGGUGCACGAAAUUCUUGAAGCUCAAAUCGUGAGUGGUGGUCAUGUUAAGACCAAGGAAGAAUCACCUUGUCAUGGCAAAAUUGAACCACUCAAGGCUUCGGGUGACGAAGGAGAUGAUUUGAGUGAUGAGGAUCUUGAUGGUGCACCCAAUGAACAAAUGGGCAUGGUCAUAGAUUGGCUUCAACGUGAACGUGUGAGGCUUAUACAAAAACGCCAAGCUAGGCGAGCUGAGGGCAUACCAUUAGUAAGGAAAAGGAAGCGGGGAGACAACGAUUCCCAAAGACAUUCAAGGAGGACAAACGUUGAGGGUGACAAAACCUUCAGGGCGCAGACACUAUCACUUGAGUGGAGUCGAGGCUCGGGUGGCCAGAACUCGAGGUCAAAAGGUCUGAGGGUACCUAAGUGCAACAAUUGCAAGAAACACCACUCGGGUAAGUGUCAGGACCCUCCCAGGUGCUAUCAAUGCACAGAGGUCGGGCACACGAGAGUGAGCUGCCCACAAAUUGUGCAAAACCAAACUUCGGGGUCAAGUGGUGGAACUACGAGAAAUGAAAACCAAACCGAGGUUUCUCAAGGGAGCAGGGGACAUGGGGGAGCAAGCACGAGCAACGCGCCAUCCGUGAACCAAGGAAGGACCCAAGCUAGGGUCUAUGCGAUGACGGAGGCGGAUGCUCAAGCUAACCCGGACUCCGUUGCAGGGACACUAAAGAUUAAUGGGAAGGAUGCGCGAAUCCUUAUCGAUACCGGGACGCAACGUUCAUUUGUGAGUGAAGCGUUCGCCAAGAAAUCGGAAGUGCAAUCCGCACCGUUGAUUCAAACCUUAGUGGUAUCAACACCACUGGGGGAUGACGUGGAAAGAACUUGUUACUAUCCAUCUUGUGAGGUGGAAGUUAAUGGUCAAACCUUGACGUGUGACUUCGUACCUCUGAGCAUGAUUGAAUUUGAUGCAAUCCUAGGGAUGGAUUGGCUAGAAAGGAACCAUGCUAGGGUAGAUUGCUACACGAAGGUUCUUGAACUCGAAGGCAAUGAUGGGGAGACCCUACGCUUCGAGGGUGAUCGAGGGAGAUCAAACAGCUGUAUCAUAUCCGCCGUGAGAGCGAGAAGUAUGAUGAGAAAGGGAUGCCACACAUAUCUAGCAUACGUGGUUGACAAAACCAAGGAGGAAACGAACAUCGACGAUGUGAGGGUGGUUUGUAAGUACCCGGAUGUUUUCCCUAAAGACCUACCGGGGCUUCCACCUGAUAGGGAGAUUGAAUUUGUGAUCGAGGUCGAACCCGGUACCAAACCAAUCUCUAUACCGCCAUAUCGGAUGGCACCUGCUGAACUUAAUGAAUUGAAAACCCAAUUGCAAGAACUAUUGGAUAACGGAUUCAUUAGACCGAGCCAUUCACCGUGGGGAGCACCAGUCCUUUUUGUGAAAAAGAAAGAUGGUACCCUACGAAUGUGCAUCGACUACCGACAGUUGAACAAGGCUACCAUCAAGAAUAUGUAUCAUCUGCCUAGGAUUGAUGAAUUGUUUGACCAACUCCGUGGAGCUACAGUAUUCUCAAAGAUUGACUUGAGGUCAGGAUAUCACCAACUAAGAUCAAGGAAAGUGACAUACCGAAAAGUGCUUUCCGCACGAGGUAUGGACACUUUGAGUUCUUGGUUAUGUCGUUGGGCUAACUAACGCCCCAGCGGCGUUCAUGGACUUGAUGAACCUAGUAUUUCAUAAAUACUGGGACCAAUGUGUGAUCGUGUUCAUAGAUGACAUCUUGAUUUACUCAAGGAGUGAAGAAGAACAUGAGCGGCACUUGGUUCUGGUUCUUGAAACACUACGCGAGAAGCAACUUUACGCCAAGUUCUCUAAGUGCGAGUUUUGGCUUAAAGAGGUUGGCUUUCUUGGGCAUGUAGUUUCUGAGUCAGGCAUUGCCGUGGAUAACAAGAAGAUCGAGGCUAUCACAGAAUGGGAAAGGCCUAAGAACACGAAAAAGAUUCGCAGCUUCCUUAGGCUAGCGGGAUACUAUAGAAAAUUCGUGGAGAAGUCCUCAAUUUUGGCGUCGCCAUUGACGAAGGUCACUCAAAAAGGGGCUAAGUUUGUAUGGGAUGAUCGAUGCGAGAAGGGGUUCUUGGAACUGAAGAAGAGGUUUACUGAGGCACCAGUACUUGCAUUACCCGAACAGGGUAUGGGGUAUGAUGUCUAUAGUGGUGCGAGCAUCCAGGGGCUUGGAUGUGUGUUGAUGCAGAUGGGGAGGGUAAUUGUCUAUGCUUCACGACAGUUGAAGAAACAUGAGGUAAAUUAUCCUACUCAUGAUCUAAGGUUGGGAGCAGUGGUUUUUGUAUUGAAGAUAUGGAGACACUAUCUCUACGGGGAGACAUGUCACAUAUACACUGACCAUAAGAGUUUGAAGUACGUGUUUACUCAGAAAGAGUUAAACAUGGGAUAGAGACGGUGGAUGGAGUUGAUAAAGGACUACCAUCUAGUUAUUGAGUACCAUACAAGUAAGGCAAACGUUGUAGCGGAUGCCCUCAGUCGAAAGAGUUCGUCUGGGGCAUUGCUGACUAGUUUGAGGGCAUUCAGAGCCCAAUUGGAGGUAUCUACCAAUGGUUCAUUAUUGGCACGAUUCGAGUUGAGACCGACCUUACUUGAUGAGAUCAAGAAGGGUCAAGAAACUGACGAAGAACUUAUGAAGGUCCGGGAACGCAUGCAAGCGGGACCAGUGGAGGAUUUCAGGGAGAGAGAUGAUGGUCUCUUGUUAUUUCAUGACCGAGUGUGUGUACCGCCAGAUGAUGAGCUCCGAAAGUCCAUCUUAGAGGAGGCUCAUUCAUCGGCUUAUGCCAUGCACACGGGGGGCACGAAAAUGUACCGUGAUUUGAAAGAAAGUUACUGGUGGUCUGGUAUGAAGAGGAAAAUAGCCGAAUACAUCAGUCGAUGCCUUACUUGUCAACAAGUUAAGGCAGGACAUCAGCAUCCAGCAGGCGUAUUGCUGAAUGGAAGUGGGAACACGUGACUAUGGAUUUUGUGGUAGGCUUACCACGACCAAUCAGGAACUAUGUUGCAGUUUGGGUGGUUGUAGAUAGGCUCACGAAGAGUGCACAUUUCUUACCUAUCAACACUACCUACCCACUUUAGAGGUUAGCCAAAUUGUAUACGGAUGAGAUCGUGAGGCUACAUGGGGUUCCAGUGACCAUAGUAUCCGAUAGAGACCCACGAUUCACAUCACGUUUUUGGUCAAAAUUUCAGAAGUCUAUGGGGACGAGGUUGAAGUUCAGUACUGCUUUCCUUCCACAGACAGAUGGGCAGUCUGAGAGAGUCAUAUAUACAAAUCUUAGAAGAUAUGUUGAGGGCUUGUGCAUUGGAGUUCCAAGGAAGUUGGGACAACCACUUAGCACUUGUGGAGUUUGCCUAUAACAACAGUUAUCAGGCAAGCAUCGGUAUGCCUCCAUGCGAGGCAUUGUAUGAGAGGAGGUAUCAUACACUGUUAUGCUGGGAUGAGGUUGGCUUGGCCAAACUCAAGAGUACUGAAUUGGUAGAGAUCACCGAGUCAAAUGUGAAACGGAUUCAAGAAGGGUUUAAAACGGUGCAGGAUAGCCAGAAGAGCUAUGUCAGGGUGGUGAUAAAGAACCACAGAGUCCAAGGUUGGUGUUUAAACAGAAGUCAUGUUCAGGGAGUAAUAUUCUCAUCUACAUGAGUAACGUUGUGAAUUUCGGGGACGAAAUUCCCGUUAAGGGGGGGUGAACUUGUGACACCGCACCCGAACGUACCUGAGAAUUUUGGUUUAAAAAAAUAAAUAAAUAAAUAAAUACAAUUCAUACAGUUGAAUUUCCUAUUAUCAACUACGUGUAAAACGAGUAAAGCUUUAUGUAAUGAAUGAUUAGUCGUAUUAUCGUUUAGGCCCAUAUCAUAAGGAUGGGUUUCCAAAUACCUUAUUGGGCCAUCUUAUUAGAUAUAAGACCCCAAUACAAUGUAAAGAAAUGUUCAUAACCGCCCUAGACCAAAUAAGGAAGGUCGGGCAACCCAAAUGUUAUUUUGGGCCCAACCGGCUAAAAAUAGUAAGUAUUCAAGAAUGGAGUUCUAGGACCACUCAAGGGUGACCCACACGGCUAGUAGCCCAGCAAUAUGAAUAUUGUUGUCAUAAAUAAGUGAUUGGAUGAUUAGAGAAGAAUACAAAUGCCUACGGUCCCAUCUUUGACAUUAUGGAACUAAAUAAUGGGAGUAGGGUUUUUCUUCUAUAAUAUUCAUCAUGUAAACUAUUGGGAUGACCCUACACAUAUUAGAGAUCAAUAAUAUGAUGUAGAGGGUUGAAUUGUUCUAAAUAAACUAUAAUGAGUACAAAAAUACAUCUUUUGACAAAAGAUAAAACAAUAGAACUCAUUAUUCCACUUUUGGAAGUAUUAAGAGAUAUUUUGAUCCCAAAUCAAUUGGGACCACUUGGGAAGGAUCCCAUACAACUUGAAGACCUGUAAACAAAGGAAAAUGUUCAGUUAUCACACAUUUGGGCGGACAAACUUGUGGAAGAGAAUCAAACACCACACAUGAGACAAAACUAUGGCCCAUACAUGUGUGGUUGUAAUGUUUUGAUGAAUUUAACCCUCCAUCCUAUUAUCUCGACCCUUACAGCUCAUUUCACUCUUUAGGAAGGCCUGGUAGGUUGUCCUUUAGGUGGAGGAAGAGACACAUAAGGUAUGGGGGGCUGCACAUAGAGAAAAUGGCAAAAGGGAACCUAUUUCGUACUAUGUUCGCACAACUCGCGAGGGUUUUUUUGUCUCUCCCACUAUUUGAGCUACACUCAUCCAUUUUGAGUGGUUGAGGUGUCCAUGGAUAGCUCUUGAAGAGUACUUUCACCAUAGCUUCGUUUCUGGAGAAGAAAGAGUCGUUAUACAGACCGAGAGAGUGGCAAAGUAAACUGUUGUCCGCUAAGCCGCACAGUGGGAGCGUUGGUUUUGUUCACCUCAUAUCUUGAGAACCACUUAUUCAAAUCGGGUGUUUGAGGUGUCUUUGGAAAGGUAUUGAAUAGAGCUUUCAUAAAAGGUGCUAUUCUUGAGAAUUGGAGGAGUUUACAGCCCAAAAAGGACGGAUAUACAUCGAGGUGCAGCUUGGUAAGAGAAUAUACGAGGAAGGUUUCCAAAUCAACGAAGACAGACCCAAACGUGCAAAACAGUUUUUUUCUCCUUAAGGGGGCUGUUUUCAUAACUUUUGAUAGGAAACGAACCUACACUUGGAAGAGGCUGUAUAGAAUCCUAUUUCAAGCAAGGAACCAAUAUUCAAUCACCUUUGGCCAGUGGCUUGGUGGCUGGAUUGAUAGAGGGCAGUUUGGAGCUUAAUCGAGGUUGAAGCUCGAGCUUGUUACCUGUGCCCGUUGCUCGGGUGAUCCUUUGGAGAGAAGACGUGGUUCGUGCUUUCCCCAUUCUGUUUUGAACAAUAUUAAACAUGCUCAUGGAUAUUUUACUAUAGAGCCUGUGUGCUCAUGAAUAGCCCUGUGUGGCCCGUUUUGUUUUAAACAAUGUUUUCCGCUGCGUUAUGAAUUACUUAUUAUGUUUGUUUAUGGAUGUUAUGUGUGUGAAUGAUAUUCAAGACGCCUUGUACAAUAUGAAUGUGUUG